AUUAUAUAUAUUGGCGUGCUAGCUACUUUUUAGUACAGUAGUAGUUUCCUCCUCGAACGACGACGGAUAUAUACUACCCUGCCAUGCAAUCCCAAACAAGUCAACUAGCCUUGUUAUUCGUUGGAUUCUAGCUAGCUAGCAGCUACCUCCCAAAAGAGGUAUAGUAGACAAUAGUAGUAGUAAUAGAGAGAGAGAGAGAGAGAGAGAGAGAGAGAGAGAGAGAGAGAUAUCUCCAUCAGUUUUAAUUUCGAUCUUUAAUUCCCGAUCGAUCUGCAGCUGGGAUACUGAGGUGCUUCCACUUAAUUAAUUAAAAAUGGGGAGAGCACCGUGCUGUGAGAAAGUGGGGUUGAAAAGGGGGAGAUGGACCGGAGAAGAAGAUGACAUCUUGUCCAACUUCAUUCACGCUAAUGGGGAAGGCUCGUGGAGGUCAUUACCCAAAAAUGCAGGGUUACUGAGGUGUGGAAAGAGCUGCAGACUGAGGUGGAUUAAUUACUUGAGAUCUGAGUUGAAAAGAGGCAACAUAACCCCUGAAGAAGAUGAAAUCAUCAUUCAAAUGCAUGCCACUCUGGGAAAUAGGUGGUCGUUGAUUGCAAGUCACUUGCCUGGAAGAACAGACAACGAGAUAAAGAAUUAUUGGAACUCUCACUUGAGUAGAAAAAUCCAGAGCUUUAGGAGGCCUAACAACGAAGAAGAAUUACCGCCAUUGGAAAUGGACUUACCCAAGGUCAAUGUCGCACCCAAGCGGAAAGGCGGUCGCACGAGUCGAGCUGCCAUGCAGAAAAACAAAACCCGCCGCCUUCUCACUAAAGUUCCAAAGCUACUGUUGGAAAAUCCCCAAGAAUCACACGGAUCCUCCAAUAACGGUAAGGGUCCAGUUGAUCUAAUGCCGUCAACACCGACUUUAGAAAACGAGGCUCUGUCUAGCGCCGUCGCAUGGCAACAAGAGAGUUCAAGUGAAAUUAUGUUGGACGCAUGUGGAAUAAUAGAUCAUCACGGUUGUAACAUUUAUACUACUAAUUAUGGUAACAACGAUGUUUUUCUUCUGCCUAGUCCUCCUUAUAAUCCUGAGGUUGGAAUAUUGUUGGGUUGUGGUGAGGAGAGAGAAGGCGUAGCCGAGUUCCCUUACGAAGAGAGAGAAAAUGAUGCAACGUAUGAAGGAGGGCCAGAUGGAGGGACUUUUUGGCUUGAUGAUGACAUAAUGAGGGAGGAGCUGGUGGAUCCAGUUGGUGACGUGAUCAUUUUGGGUGAGAAAGAGAAGACGACAGGAAAUGGGGGUGGAGCCACAAUUAGUGAGGAGAGAGGUUGCGGGACCAUGAAAAUGGCAAUCAGUGAGGAUCUAGAAAGUAGUGUUAGUAACAAGGGGUGGUUGAAUGGUGAACAACAGUACUACUAUUCUUGUAAUUCAACGAAUUCAUUUACUCCAGGGGAAGGAAAUUGGGAAUGGGGUAGUUUUGAUUGGGAUUGGGAUUGGGAAUUGGAAUUACCUGUGGUUCAAGGCCAUGAAUUAUGGGGUGACGAGGAAGAGAAAAUGGUGGGUUGGCCGUGGGAUAACGAUGAGGAGUGCAGUACUACUAAGAUGGGAGGAGAUCAGGGAGUCAUGAGUGAGCAUGAGGGGAAGAAAGAAGCUUUGGUUGCGUGGCUUCUCUCUUAAUUACUGUAAUUUUCACUUGUCUUUUUCUGUGUUGUUUUGUAGUACGAGUGAAAGUGAGAGUUGUGAGAUACUCCUACUACUUUUUUUUUUUUUUUCUCUUUCUAGGAAUAUUGGAGCCAAAAAUAAUUUCCAUUUUCCAAGUUGACGGUUAAGAAGAUGGUUUCGUUUUGCAUCUAGCUCUUCUUCUACGUGUAGGUAGGAGUGAAAAUGAUGCUAGGAUUAAUUUUAGCCCCUCGCUUGAUUGGUACUGAAAUAGAAACAUAUGUGAUUUUG